CAGUGCUGGUUGGAGGGACGAAGUGAAGGGGCUCGGAGCCCGCCGAGCAGAGGGUUCCCACAGGCGAGCGAGCCCGCUGCCAUGGCGCUGGUGGGGCCUGUGAUCUGGAGCUCCAGACGAGAUGUCCACCUCCUCCUCCUCCUGCUGCUGCUGCUGCUGCCGCCCUGGGUCCCGGCUGGGUUGGUUCCUUCAGAGACUCCAAGUGCCUGUGCCUCAGACCCGUGUGGUGCUGGAACCGAGUGCCAGGCUACAGAAAGUGGUAGCUAUACCUGUGAGCCUGCAGAGCUUGGGGGCUGUGCUUCUCAGCCAUGCCACCAUGGUGCACUGUGUGUGCCCCAGGGCCCAGACCCUAACGGCUUCCGCUGCUACUGUGUGCCUGGCUUCCAGGGUCCCUACUGUGAGCUGGACAUCGAUGAGUGUGCGUCCCGGCCCUGCCACCAUGGGGCCACCUGCCGCAACCUGGCAGAUCACUACGAGUGCCACUGCCCCCUGGGCUAUGCAGGCGUGACCUGCGAGGCCGAGGUAGAUGAGUGCUCGUCAGCGCCCUGCCUGCACGGAGGCUCGUGCCUGGAUGGUGUGGGCUCCUACCGCUGCGUGUGUGCGCCGGGUUACGCAGGCGCUAGCUGCCAGCUGGACGUGGACGAGUGCCAGAGCCAGCCGUGCGCGCAUGGGGGCGUGUGUCACGACCUGGUCAACGGUUUCCUGUGCGACUGCGCGGACACUGGCUACGAAGGUGCGCACUGCGAGCAGGAGGUACUGGAGUGCUCGUCAGCGCCCUGUGCGCACAACGCGUCCUGCCUCGACGGCCUCCGGAGCUUCCGCUGCCUCUGCUGGCCAGGCUUCAGCGGAGAGCGGUGCGAAGUGGAUGAGGAUGAGUGUGCAUCGGAUCCCUGUCAUAAUGGCGGCCAGUGCUUGCAGCGCUCUGACCCAGCCUUGUAUGGGGGUGUCCAGGCCACUUUCCCAGGAGCCUUCAGCUUCAGUCGCGCUGCUGGCUUCCUUUGCACCUGUCCUCUGGGCUUUGCUGGGGAUGACUGCAGUGUGGAUGUGGACGAGUGUGCCUCAGGACCAUGCCUCCAUGGUGGCAGCUGCCAGGAUCUGCCCAAUGGUUUCCAGUGCUACUGCCAGGAUGGAUACACAGGCCUGACAUGUCAGGAAGAUGUGGAUGAAUGCCAGUCAGAACCAUGCCUGCAUGGUGGGACCUGUAGUGACGUUGUAGCAGGCUAUGUCUGCCAGUGCCCUGAGGCCUGGGGUGGACAGGACUGUUCUGUCCAGCUCACAGGCUGCCAGGACCACACCUGCCCACUGGCUGCCACCUGCAUCCCCACCUUCAAGUCUGGGCUCCACGGUUACGCCUGUCGCUGCCCACCUGGGACCUAUGGGCCUUUCUGUGGCCAGAAUACCACUUUCUCGGUCAUAUCCGGAAGUUCUGUGUGGGGAUUGGUGCCAGCUGGUGACUCUCUGGGUCUGUUACUGACGUUUCGUACCACACUGUUUGCUGGGACCCUGGCCACUCUCAAGGACACUCAGGUCAGCUUGGAGCUGGUACUGAUGAGGGCCACACUCCAAGCCACACUUUGGAGACACGGCACCGCUGUGCUUGUCCUUACACUGCCAGACCUAGCCUUAAAUGAUGGCCGCUGGCACCAGGUGGAGGUGGCACUCCGCCUUGGAGCCCUGGAGCUUCGGCUCUGGCAUGAGGGCUGCCCUGGCCAGCUCUGUGUGGUCGCUAGUCCCGUGGCUACAAGUCCCACGGCUACAAGUCCCACAGCCUCAGUGGCCUCUGGGCCUCCUGGGCUCUACUCUAUCCAUCUGGGUGGCUGGGCCUUUGCAGGCUGCUUCCAGGAUGUGCAUGUGGAAGGGCACCUUCUGCUGCCUGAGGAACUCAAUGGAAAUGUGCUGCUGGGUUGCAAGCGCAGGGAACCAUGUCAACCUCUGCCCUGUGCCCAUGGAGGGGCCUGCGUGGACCUGUGGACUCACUUCCGCUGCAACUGCCCAAGACCUUACCGUGGGCCCACAUGCACUGAUGAGAUUCCUGCUGCCACCUUUGGCCUGGGCGGUACCAUGAGCUCAGUCUCCUUCCUGCUCCGUCAGCUGCUAGGCCCAAACCUCACUGUGUCCUUUUUUCUCCGCACUCGGGAGCCUGCUGGUCUGCUACUCCAGUUUGUCAAUGAUUCAGUGGCUAGCCUAACUGUGUCCCUGAGUGAGGGCCAGAUCCGGACUGAGGUGCUGGGUCAUCCUGCUGUGAUCCUCCCUGGGCGCUGGGAUGAUGGACUCCGCCACUUGGUGGUGCUCAGUUUUGGUCCUGACCAGCUGCAGGACCUGGGCCAGCAGCUGUAUGUGGGUGGGAAGGUCUACCUUGAUGACACCCAGCCCUGGGGCGGGCCCUUCCGGGGCUGUCUCCAGGACUUGCAACUCAACGGCCUCCACCUCCCCUUCUUCUCUUCACCAAUGGAGAACUUGAGUUGGCCCAGUGAACUGGAUGCUGGUCAGUCCUCUAACCUCACCCAGGGCUGUGUCUCUGAGGACAUGUGCAACCCCAAUCCCUGUUCCAAUGGUGGAACUUGCCACGUCACCUGGAACGACUUCUCCUGCAGCUGCUCUGACAACUUCACAGGGCCCACCUGUGCCCAGCAGCUGUGGUGCCCCAGCCGGCCUUGCCUCCCACCUGCCACCUGUGAGGAGGUUCCCGAUGGCUUUGUAUGUGUGGCAGAGACUACGUUCCAAGAGGGCCCUCCUGCUGUGUUCAGCGGCCACAACGUGUCCUGGGCGCGGCCCCUGAGCGAGCUCACCCUGGCCUUCCGCACUCGCGACCCCGAGGCUGGGCUGCUGCGCGCCGUGGAGAGCGUGCCGCGGAGAGACUCGGGUAUCUGGCUGGCGCUGCACAACGGCUCGCUGGCAGCGGAUGUGGCGGGCUCGGUGCUGCCCGCGCCCGGGCCGCGCGUGGCCGACGGCGCCUGGCACCACGUGCGUCUGGCCCGGGAGCUCCCACAAGCCACCGCCUCACGCUGGCUGCUGUGGCUGGACGGCGCGGCGACGCCCGUGGCUUUGCAGGGCCUGGGUGGCGACCUGGGCUUCCUGCAGGGCCCAGACGCCGUGCGUGUGCUGCUGGCUGAAAACUUCACAGGCUGCCUGGGCCGCGUGGCGCUCGGUGGCCUCCCGUUACCCUCUGCGCCUCCGCGACCGGGUGCGAUCCCCGGAGCCCGCGAGCACUUCGUGGCCUGGCCUGGGUCACCAGCCAUGCGCCUUGGAUGCCAUGGUGCGCCCGUGUGCGCGUCCUCUCCCUGCCUGCACGGCGGUGCCUGCCGAGACCUCUUUGAUGUCUUCGCCUGUGCCUGCCGCCCGGCCUGGGAGGGACCCCGCUGCGAGGCCCGCGCUGACCCUUGUCGCUCGUCGCCCUGUGUCCGGGGCCAAUGCCACGCGCGCCCCGAAGGCCGCUUCGAGUGCCGCUGCCCUCCAGGCUUCGCUGGUCCUCGCUGCAGGGUGCCUGUUCUGCCUCAGGGAUGUAGCCUCAACUCCACCUGCAAGGAUGGCGCCCCUUGUGAGGGUGGGUCUCUAGGCACCAACUGCAGCUGCCAGGAGGGCCUUGCUGGCCUGAGGUGUCAGAGUCCUGACCUACCCUGUGAAGCCAACCCUUGCUUGAAUGGAGGCACCUGCCGGGCAGUCAGUGGCAUAUCUGAAUGCACUUGCAAUGCAGGAUUCUCUGGCCAGUUCUGUGAAGUGGUGAAAAGCCUGCCUCUGCCCCUGCCAUUCCCGCUGCUGGAGGUAGCAGUGCCUGCAGCCUGUGCCUGCCUCCUCCUCCUCCUCCUGGGCCUCCUCUCAGGGAUCCUUGCUGCAAGAAAGCGCCGCCAGUCUGAGGGCACCUACAGCCCAAGUCAGCAGGAGGUGGCAGGGGCUCGUCUGGAGAUGGACAGUGUCCUCAAGGUGCCACCAGAGGAAAGACUUAUCUAGGCUGGUCUGGCUGCUGGUGCCAUGCCCUAAAGGUCCUACAGGAUCACUGCAGAACCUCUACCUGGAGGCUGGGGGAGACUAUUUCCAGAGCUAGGACACCCACAGGAUGUGCCACCAUGGUUGGCAACCCUUGCCCUGUCCAUCAUGGAGUCAGAAAAUGGGGAACAACUCAGGAAAGCA